AUGGCAAACAUCCCAUAUUGCUAUCAANUUUUGAAACUCGAUGACAAAGGACUCAUUCGAGUUGGUGGUCGGCUAAGAAAGGCUCGUAAUUUUCCCUUAGAUGGCAAACAUCCCACAUUGCUACCAAAGGGGCAUUACAUCACUCACCUCCUCAUCAAGAAAGCUCACUUGGCCAAUCUUCACCCAGGCAUCCAGACAACUCUUCAUCUACUCAGGCAGCGAUACUGGCCCAUUGAUGGGCGCAGUCAAGUACGAUUCAUCAUUCACAAGUGCAUCAACUGUGCCAAGGUAGAUCCACCUUCAGUCAACUAUCCCAUGGCAGAUCUCCCGAGCGCACGCAUCACACAGGCAAACCCCUUCACUCACACUGGUGUGGACUAUUGUGUUCCCUUCCUCAUCAAAGAACGAAGUAAUCUCAAGAAAAUAAAAAUUUGGGUCAGCAUAUUCGUGUGCUUCAGAACAAAGGCAGUACACAUCGAACUCGUCAAUGACUUGACCAAUAAUGCAACAACAUUCAUCGGUGCAAACAAAGAGUUGAAGGAACUCUAUACACUUCUCAACGAUGAAAAGCACGGUGAAUUCAUCAAUCGAAAGCUGAAUGAACAAGGCAUCGAAUGGAAUUUCAUUCCCCCUGUAUCUCCUCAUUGCGGUGGCAUCUGGGAAGCUGCCGUGAAGUCUUGUAAGCAACAUAUGAAAAGAGUUAUUGGAAAUGAAUUGUUAACAUAUCAACAGUUCAAUACUUUCUGCAUCAAAAUUGAGGGAAUCCUCAAUUCAAGACUAUUGACUCCAUUAUCAUCCGAUCCAAACGAUUUCAACGCUCUCACGCCUGCUCACUUCCUGCAUGGAGACAUUACCACUGAUCUCCCUGCACCUGAUUGGACAGAGGUCCCUAGCAAUCGUCUCUCUUACUGGCAACACCUUGAGAAGAUUAAGCAACAUUUCUGGAAUCGGUGGCAUAAGGAGUACCUCUCCGAACUCAACAUCCGUCAUAAGUGGACUUCAGGACACCAUGACAUUAGCGUUGGAGCAUUAGUGCUCUUGCGCGACGACAAUUUACCCCCGCUAAAAUGGCGCAUGGGCCGUGUCAUUGAAAUCUACCCAUCAGACGAUGGCAUCACCAGGAAGGCUAGGCUGCGGACAUCUACUGGAGAAGUAGAUCGAAACGUUCGACGCUUGGCACCACUGCCCGUGGACUCCAGCAACUCCAAGGAAUAA